CAGAACACAUUGCAUGUGGAAUUUGACAAAAAAAAGGAAAUAGAUUUGAUAUUCUAAAGAGUUAUAACUAACUAACUAGAAUUAUACAUUGCAUUGCUGUUGUUCCCAACAUUUAAAGUUGAAACUGUUAUCUAGCUUUUACUUUCUUUUGUAAAUACUUAAAAUCGCGAGGAAGGAAAGGACUCACAUGCUUUAGAAUUCGAUGAUUGUGUGACGACACAUCAUUUUGGGUUAAAGAAAUUGCCCUUAGAAAUCAAUGAAACGGUUAAGUUGACCAUUUCUAUUGAUUUCUCUUAAGAAGGCUUAUAAUUCAUAGGAUUAUACGUAAUGCAACACGUUGUAACAACUCUAUCGACACAAUCAGAAAUAAACAAAGUCAUGCAGCCCCAUUCAGCACAAAAUAUGUACGUUUCAACGGGAAACAACAGUUCUGCUAACAACCGUUCAAAUCCACAGCCAGGCGGUGGAGGAAUAUUUCGCGGCCCACAACAACAGCCGUCAUCAUCUGUGAAUGCUCCUCGUGGAGGUGGUGUCAGCGGAGGUGCUACGCGUCACGUCCACGUCCAACCGAUGUAUUCGCAGGCUGCUCUUCACCAAAAUAUGGUGCUCCAGCCAUACACACAAUAUAAUCCCCGCCAGCAAACGUUUUCAACAUCGCAUCUUCAAUACGCUCCAAUACACCAAUACUACCAAUACCAAUAUGUGCCAGCUCUCCAGCAGCAACCGCCACCGCCGCCGCAACACACUCAUCCGCGCAGUGCCGCCGUCUCCGUAAAUUCAAAUAACAAUACAUUGCAGGCAGUGCAGGUUCAGCAGCAGCAGCAGCAACAAUCUAGUGGUAAUCCAGGAGGUGGUCCAGGAGGCACUCAAUCCUCCCAAAUACAAUUACUAGCAAGUACAGUUCAAGGCCCUGGCGGGAACAUGGGUCAGGUUGGUGUCGGAGUAGCUCCCAUGGUUGGAGUUGGCGUAAUGCCGCAGACUGUGGUCCCGCCACAAUCGGUCCAAGUCCAAGUGCAGGUGCAGCAGUCUAGCCGAAGACGACAUCAGCAUCGCUUACCCAUAAUCGAUCCAACCACUAAGAAGAAUAUAUUGGAAGAUCUUGACAAGUCAAAUUCAAAUACAGAGAAUGACUUUCCUAAUGAGCAGCAGACGACGUCGGCGGCAGUUCUUACUGAAACUCCUGCAAUUAGGAUUCCUCAGCAAGAUGGUAGUGUUGGAAUAAUAAACCAGCAUAAUUUAAGCAAUUUACAAGCACUGGCAACCAAUGCCCCAUCGGUAUAUACAGGGGUAGUCAAAAAACCAAUACAACGCUCUGAUGCUGUAGGUCAAACUCCAAUCGUAUCCGCCAUGUCAGAUGCCCCUUCGGUGGAAAUAUUGCCAACGCCCCAAAAAGUCAGAAACAAAAAAAUACCCAUAGUGCCUCCUAAAAAUGUCUCUGGCUCUACUUCUGCAGAUCUAAUAUCUUCAAUUGAAACCGAAGAUGACGCUGAACUAAAGGUCAAGGAGCAGCCAAUAAAGCAAAUUCUGAUUAAUCCUAAAAUUAUCGCGGUCGAAGUGAAACAUUCGACAUCGACAACGGAGAACGUUGUGACACCUGUUGAAGCUGAAGAGGCAGCUGUUGUAGUUCCGGAAACGACAACUAGCGAGUUUACUUUAGAAGAAAAGAUACUUUCAACAGAAGAAGAUUUGUUAGCGAAAAAUAUUCAAGAGUCUGAAAUCAAGAAGAGUCAUAAAGAUGAAAAACCGCUUGAAGUUUUACAAGAUAGCACUCCGCAGUCUGAACCAAAAGUUUUCGUUGAUAUUGCAGAAGAAAAAAAAAGUUUAGGUAAAAAUCCAAGUAAAGAGCAAUCUGAUGAAACUGAUCAGUCUUCACUAUCAUCUAUGGCAUUAAAGGAAGUUGUUCUUCCUUUAGAGGAGAAAGAGCAAGCACUAGAAUCACCAGAAAAUACAACAAAUGAGAUAGAAACACAAAUAGAAACUCCUUCGGCAAAAACGUAUCUCACUGAGAACGAUUCAGCAGAACUUGAUAUUAAGCCCUGUUCUCUUGAAAAAGAAAAAAUUUUACCGACCUACAUUAACUAUAAUGAAGGCCAAUGGUCACCGAGUAAUCCCGAUGGAAGAAAACAAUACAAUCGUGAUCAACUAAUGCAGUUACGCGAAGCAAAAGCCUCACGCAUACAGCCAGAGGUAAAAAAUGUGUCUAUACUUCCGCAACCCAAUCUUAUGCCAUCGUUUAUCCGGAAUAAUAAUAAUAAUAAGCGAGUACAAUCAAUGGUCGGCAUGAUCGGCAAUCGAGAUCCAUCGGCAGGAGGUUAUAUUGGAAAACAGCUAUCUAUGUCGGGUGUUCAAGGCCAAAGUCAAGGUUCUGGUGGCCGCAACAGUAGCAUGAAAGGCAUGAUGAUUCAUGUUAACCUGUCAUUAAAUCAAGAUGUUAAGUUAAAUGAGAACGAAAAUGCCUGGCGACCGAGACUCUUAAAUAAAUUAUCGAUAACAGAAAAUGAUAGUAACCUGAAGGCCACCCAAGAAAAGGAUGAAUUGGUAAGACGAGUGCGUGGUAUUUUGAAUAAAUUAACACCCGAGAGAUUCGAUACAUUAGUUGAGGAGAUAAUUAAACUAAAAAUCGAUACACCUGAUAAAAUGGACGAAGUUAUAGUGCUGGUCUUUGAAAAAGCAAUCGACGAACCAAAUUUUUCGGUUUCCUACGCAAGACUUUGUCAUCGUCUUAUAGCAGAAGUCAAGACUCGUGAUGAACGGAUGGAAAGUGGAACGAAGUCCAAUUUGGCACACUUUCGUAAUGCCUUAUUGGAUAAAACAGAACAGGAAUUCACUCAAAACGUCUCACAGAGUACGGCAAAGGAAAAAAAAUUACAGCCAAUUGUAGAUAAAAUACGAAAAUGCAGCGAUCCAAAUGAGAAGGCGGAACUCGAGGCCUUUUUAGAGGAGGAAGAACGUAAAAUACGCCGGAGAUCUGGUGGAACUGUUCGUUUCAUAGGUGAACUCUUCAAAAUCUCCAUGUUGACUGGAAAAAUUAUUUAUUCCUGUAUAGAUACAUUACUUAAUCCCCAUUCGGAGGAUAUGCUAGAGUGUCUUUGCAAAUUGUUAACAACAGUCGGCGCUAAGUUCGAGCAAACUCCUGUCAACUCCAAAGAUCCAGGACGUUGUUAUUCCUUAGAGAAAUCCAUAACUAGAAUGCAAGCCAUUGCCGCCAAAACUGAUAAGGAUGGUGCCAAAGUCAGCUCUCGGGUUCGUUUCAUGCUUCAAGAUGUCAUUGAUUUACGCAAAAAUAAAUGGCAAACAACUCGAAAUGAGGCACCGAAGACGAUGGGUCAAAUUGAGAAAGAGGCAAAGAAUGAACAGCUAACAGCACAGUAUUUUGGCAACAUAUCAGGAAAUUCUACACCUAUUGGUUCAUCGCAAAGCGGCGGAGGUUCCAAUAAGAGAGAUGAUCGUAAUAUGAAUUCACGGUAUGGAAACGAGACACGUUCCGGUAGUAAUUACGGUGGUAGUCACAGUCAGAGAGGGCAUCAUCAACAGCAGAAUAACUCUGGAGGAGGUGGUGGUGGCAGCGGUGGAGGAGGUGGCUCCGGAAGCGCCUCAAAUGGAGGCGAUGACAACACUUGGCAUGUGCAAACAAGCAAGGGUAGUCGCUCUCAAGCUGUUGACAGCAAUAAAUUAGAGGGUCUGUCAAAACUUUCUGAUCAAAAUUUGGAAACUAAAAAAAUGGGCGGCGUAACGCAAUUUAUUUGGAACCCCAAUGCAAGGCAAUCAUUAUCAUCGGCGGGUUCUGCGGCACCAUCGUCAACACCAUCAAAUCCCUUUGCUGUUCUGUCCUCGUUAAUUGAUAAAAACAGUAGCAGCAGCGAUCGGGAUCAUCAUCACGAUAAUCGUGGACCAAGAAAUAAGGGUUCCUAUAACAAGGGAUCAAUUGAACGUGAUCGUUACGAUCGAGGUAUAAGUUCGCGAACUGGCUCAUCGCAAGGAUCGCGCGAGAGUUCCUCCUCGCGUCAGCAGGGAGGAGGUCGCACGCUAAUAAAUUCUGCAGUUCAAAAGUCGGCUAGUCAUUCAAAAUAUACGCAACAGCAGCCGCCGACCUCGGUUCGACACAACAAUAGCAAUAAGGUACAAUCAAACUCCAGCGGCAACGCAGAACGUGGAAUUUACCGUCGCGGUAGCAAUGAGCAAGGAUCAGGCUUAGUUUCUACUCCAGCGACGACGUUCCCGCAGCAAAGCAAUCGAACUGCUGUCUCCGCGCCUCCUGCUGUGUUUCAAGAACCCAGCGAUGCCGAUCUGAAGCUUAUCAAGUCGGUUAUCUCUGAAAUGAUUGAAUUUGCGGACGCAGCGAAAACAGUAACGCCUGCGGUUGUCGCGUGUGUAAAAAGAAUACCGGAGGAUCGUCGUUGCGGCUUCUUAUAUUAUAUAUUAACCGAUUAUUUGCAUUUAGCGAAUGUGGGCAAACAGUAUCGCCGGUAUCUUGGCAUAACUGUUGGACAAUUAAUUCAACAGAACUAUAUUUCUGUGGAGCAUUUUACGCUGGCGUACAACGAAUUUAGCGGUUACGCAAAUGACUUAAUUGUUGAUAUACCAGAACUAUGGCUGUAUAUUCUACAAUUUGCAGGUCCAUUAAUUGUGAAGAAAGUUUUGACAGUAUCAGAUUUGUGGAACAAGAACCUAAAAGACAACAGCCCAACUAGUGUGGCUAAGAAGUUCCUUAAAACAUAUUUGAUUUAUUGCACGCAGGAAGUUGGACCAAAUUUCACGCGCAGCAUGUGGACUAAGUUCUCCUUGCAUUGGUCUGAUUUUAUGCCAGAGAAUGAAGUCAACGACUUCAUCAAAUCCAAUAGACUGGAAUAUGUGGAAAAUGAAUCGAUAUCGCCAGUGAUUGAAGAAUACGAUGGUGAAUCGUCCGAGAAGCACGUUAAAAAUGUGAUAGAGAAUAUUGAGCGUUUGCUGAGAGAAGGAACAACAGCAGAUUGUAUCAUUGAUUAUAGUAAUGGCAACAUAAUGGUCGUUGAUAAACUGUUUAUAAGAAGCUUAACCAAAUCGCUGAGCAACUUUUCAAUUUUGUACAAGGAGAAUAGUUACAAACUAGAAACUGAAACCUUCCAUAAGUUUUGCAUACCAGUUUUGCAGCACUUUAUUGAUUUAAAUGAAGUUCAUCAAUUGGAGUGUUUGUAUGCGAUGCAGCUAUUAGUGCAUAGUUUGGAGCAUCCAAGGGGAUUACUGAGCGAACUAUUUGGAGAGUUAUAUGACGCCUUUGUAAUACAAAAGGAGUCGUUAUGCAAGUGGCGCGAUUCAAAGGAUCAGUCAGCUGGGAAGGGCGUUGCUGUAAAAAGUCUUAAUCCCUUCUUCAACCUUAUAUUCAACGACGAAGCGAACUGAGAGAUAUGCGGAUGGCAAACAUUUAAAUUUGUAAUAAAAAAUUUACUUAUUAAAAGAAAGGAAAGAUUGGUGUGAAUGUUCAGGAGUAACCGAGUAUACCGUA